AAAUGCUGUUGUGUGAUAUUUAAAAUUCAAUACCAUACCUAUUAUGACAGAGUAACUAUAUAAUUUAGGUUAGUAACUAUUUGUUUGAAAGAAAUAUGUCUGUAUCUUGUUUUGCGCCCCAUGUUCAAGUGCAGUUAGAAGAAAUAAUUAAAAGAGGGAAGAUUGGAAUCUGCCCUGGGUCCAUUAAAAUAUUAAAUCCUUUGCCAUCUUGUCCAGCUUGGGUAAAAAAUGCUUUGUAUGACAGAUUUAAGUUAGUGAUUCCAUAUGGUGGUCACUGUGUAGAUUGGUUCAUUAUAUUUCAAGCCAGUUUUCCGGACAAUCCUCCCGACUUUGUUUUCAUGGAACCUUUCGAUUUAAAUUUAGAAGAUGUGCCAAGUUUAAUGAAUUGGGAUAUAAAGAAAAGGGACUCACUGUUGAUUGUUCUUAAGGAACUUCUUCAACAGUAUCAAAAACAGCAAGCCGCUCGUUUAGAAAAAUACUCUCGUGUUCAAUUUGAAUACUCGACGCUCAUACAGCAAACUGAUGUCAAAGAGGAGGACAUUGAAGUAUCUAUUGGGGAAGAUAAGGAAGGGCCAAUUAACUUUUUAAUUAGACUUGGGGUCAUAUUUUCUGGUUUGCCUUACAUUUUUAAAAGCGAGUCCGGUGAAGACACAGCUUUACUGCUUGUCACUUUCAAUGAUCCAGAAGGUACGAAAAUUACUCCAAAGUUAUGCUUGCCUCCAAAGAUUGAGCAUGCGUUAGGAUCUCCAAUAUCCUGGCGCAUUCCCGCUUUUUCAAGUGAUGGAUGCCUUAUGGACUACGUACCAUUUGUACAGGAAUCGCUUAAGAAGCGAGUCGAUAUGGUAGUUUACAGUUAUGAUAAGCGCAAAGAAUAUUUGUCUGCAUUUUUAAAUAAUUUUGAAGGCUGCUAUAUUGAGUAUGAUAGAGAUUUGGCACUGAAGGCAUCUUUCUUGUUGGAACAAAAUGAUUUUUAUUUUAUAUUUCAAAUCGAUCUGCCUCAAAACUUUCCUAUGAAUAAACCUUCCUUCACUUUUCGCUCAGUGUAUCAUUCAUCUUUUGAAAAGCCUAUUUCUACUACAGUGAUAAAUUAUCCUUACAGUCAAGCAUGGUCAUCGGAAGUUAUGCUGGAAAAAGCAGUCGAAUUCAUACAAGAUUAUGCUAUGAUAUUUCAAAGAAAUUCUGUACAAAAUGGAUUAUCUCCAUGAACAUUAUGGCAUGAAUUAUGGACUAUAUGUGUGUGUUAUGUAUCAGAGUACUGUAAAUUCAACUAUGUCAAAAUAAA